CCCUGGACAAGCUUCCUGUUUAGAAACGCCAGUCAGGUACCAAGCGCCGGCGACGCACAGCAGAUAGCAAAUCGUCUCCACUACGACUGCUGUACAUCCCGACCACACACGACUUAGAGUGAACCACAAACGGAAGGCAAGUAGCCAGCGCAGUCUUGGCUGUCUUGGAUCCUUCACAUCGAUAGGCGGGGAUUGUCGUGGCUCAAGAUUUCGACAUUGAGGCAAUGUCGGCAAAUUGUAUAAGUAUGCUGUGACCGACACACCUGUGGCAAUCAUCCGCUCGCUGCAGCUUCAGUUCUACACCUGUUACUCUUCGCCAGCGCCCAGUCCCGGGAAUCUAGCCGAUUCGAGCCUUCAAGAUGGCCAUCAAGUCCUUCCUGACCGCCGCCCUUGUGGCUCCCGCUGCCGUGUUCGGCGCUGCCAUUCCCCCGACUGAGGCCGGUACUUCGAGCAUCAACAUCGUUGGUGGAGAGGCUGCCUCUGCAGGCGACUUCCCCUUUAUCGUCUCUCUGCAAGUGAGCGGCUCUCACUUCUGCGGUGGUUCCCUCCUCAACGCGAACACUGUCGUCACUGCCGGUCACUGCGGUGUCGCCUACGCGGCUUCCCGCGUCACCGUCCGCGCUGGAUCCUUGAACAGGAACUCUGGUGGUACUGUCGUCAGCGUUUCGUCUAUCAAGACGUACUCUGGCUUCAACUCGAACACCCUUGAUGGCGAUGUUUCCAUCCUCAAGCUCGCAACCUCGAUCCCCACGAGCUCUACCAUCAGCUACGCUACCCUGGCCGCGUCUGGCUCUGACCCGGCCUCUGGAACUACCCUCACCGUUGCUGGAUGGGGUACCACUACCGAGGGCGGCUCUUCGCUCCCCACUGCUCUUCGCAAGGUCAGCGUUCCGGUCGUUGCCCGUGAUACCUGCGCUUCGCAGUACAAGGCCAUCGACCAAAGCUACACCAUCACGACCAACAUGUUCUGCGCUGGUCUGGCCGCUGGUGGCAAGGACUCCUGCCAGGGUGACUCUGGAGGUCCCAUUGUCGACUCGUCCAAGACUCUUGUCGGUCUUGUUUCCUGGGGCGAGGGCUGCGCUGAGCCCAACGCUCCUGGUGUCUACACUCGUGUUGGCUCUUCCGUAAUCAGGUCUUUCAUCACCUCUAACUCGUAA